AUGUAUCGUGGCCGCGUCUCUGCGCGUAGCCGGCCCCGUCCGUCGUGCUCUCUCCGUCGGACGCCGCAAACGCCCGGUGUGGACGCUUCUGCAACCGAGGCUCCAAGCAACGCCUCGUCGGUCUCGACAAAUCUGGAGGAUCUCAAAACCACGAUUUCGCGUUCUGGCGGCGACGACGCUAUCGUCGCGUCGACUCGUAUCGUUAUCGAAAACAAAGCAGCCGUGCGUGGUGGCCGUGCUGCACGCGCGAUGCUGGUGCUUGUCGUCGUUGCGCGAAGCGAUGGGCCCUGUCGUUUGCGCUUGGAGAUGGAUGCGUGUUAA